AUGAAAGUUUUAUUUCAAAUUUCCUUCAUUUCUUUACUAAUAACUACUUGCUAUGCAUUCAAUAUACAUGAAUAUGCUGCUAUGUUANGAUUGAUUGAUCACUUCAUAAAGUUAGUUUAAAAGAAGUACGGAAAGGAUGUAUCAGGAGAUAAGAGAGCUAUUUAAAAGUUAAAGAGAGAAUGUGAGAAGGCUAAGAGAAGAUUGUCUGCAGCUUAAGAAGCAAAAGUAGAAAUCGAAGAUUUAGUUGAAGGAUUAGAUUUUAGUGAAGUAUUGACUAGAGCUAAAUUCGAAGAGUUGAAUAGUGAUUUAUUCAAAAAGACAAUAGAACCAAUGUAGACAGCAUUGAAUGAUUCAGGAUUGAAGAAGAGUUAAAUAGAUGAAAUAGUUUUAGUUGGUGGUUCAUCUCGUAUUCCAAAGGUAAGAUAGCUUGUAAAAGAAUUCUUCGAAGGAAAGGAUCCAAAUACAGGUAUCAAUCCAGAUGAAGCUAUUUGUUAUGGUGCUGCAAUUUAAGGAGGUUUGAUUUGUGGUGAAAAAUCUGAUUCUACUGAUGGUAUUGUUGUUAUUGAUGCAACACCAUUGAGUUUGGGUAUUGAAACUGUUGGAGGAGUCAUGAAUAAGAUCAUUCCUAAGGGUUCUUUUAUUCCAACUAAGAAAUCAUAAGUGUUUACUACUUAUGUUGAUAAUUAAACUACUGUUACUAUCACUGUUUUUGAAGGAGAAAGACCUUUGGUUAAAGAUAAUCAUAAAUUGGGUUAAUUUGAUUUAACUGAUAUUCCAAAGAUGCCUAAAGGAUAACCUUAAAUUGAAGUCACUUUUGAAAUUGAUGAAGAUGGUAUCUUAUCUGUCUCUGCAUCUGAAUAAUCAACUGGAAAGAAGAAUCAAAUUCAAAUCACUUCUGAUAAUAAAUUAACUAAAGAAGAAAUCGAUAGAAUGAUUAAGGAAGCUGAAUAAUUUGCUGAAGAAGACAAAAUUGCUAAAGAAAAAAUUGAUGCCAAAAAUAGUUUGGAUUCUUAUAUUUAUUCUAUCAAAAAUCAAAUUGAAGAUGAGGUAUAUUUUAUAAUUAUAUAUUUUAGAAAAAAUUAGCUAAACAUUUGACUGAAGAAUAAAAAUAAACUUUGAAAGAUGCUGUUCAAAAGAGUGAAGAUUGGAUGAGAAAAGAUGAAGCCAAUUAUGAUAAGGAAGAUUAUGAAGGAGAAUUAAAAGAUUUAUAAAAGUAAUAUAAUUAUUCCUAAAUUUUAGAGUAUGUGACCCAAUCAUUCAAGAAGCUUAAAAGAAGAAAGAUGAAAAUAAAGAUAGUGAAGAUGAUGCUGAUGAUACAAAAACUGAUUUAUGAUUUAAUAUGUGCA